AUGAGAGCUAGAAAUGUCGGAAGUGGAAAACGUUACAUCGUAUAGUUUAACUUCACGCACCCUGACGUUUUCAAUCAAGAAUGACUGAGAAGAGGUCAGAGAAGACUAUCUGGGACUUGGCAGUGGAAGAGAGGAAUAAAACUGAAAACCAUUCAAAUAGAGAUCAACAGGAUGACUUACAGUUGUCAAGCAGUGAUGAAUCCAGUAUCUUUAUCCUGGGAAGUAAAAACUCUGGUAAAACCUCCAUAAUUUUGAGAUUUCUUGAUCGAGAUGAAGCUCCCAAACCAACGACAGCUUUGGAUUACACCUUUGGAAGAAGAGCUAAAACUGGACACAAUAUUGGAAAAGACAUAGGUCACAUAUGGGAACUUGGAGGUGGAACAUUCCUUUCCAAAUUAAUUGAAAUUCCUCUGACAUCUGUAACUAUAAGGAGUAUGGCUGUUGCGAUUGUCUUGGACUUGUCUCUUCCAAAUGAACUGUGGAACACAAUGGAAACACUUCUCUCCCAGGUCAAAUCUAAAGUGAACAAAGCCCUGGAAGGGUUAGAGAGCAAAGAGCCUGGUUCUGUGCAACAGAUAAAGAAGCAAGCUUGGAAGAAAUUUGGAGAAGAACAUCCUGACAAAUCUUCCAUCGAUCCGUUUCCUAUACCUCUGGCCAUAAUUGGCGGAAAAUACGAUAUUUAUCAGGAUUUUGAUCCCGAGAAACGGAAAAUGAUAAGUAGAGCACUGCGAUUUGUGGCACACAAGAACGGCGCUCAUUUGCAGUUUUUUAGCACUAAAGCUGAGGGUCUGACGAACCGCACCCGAGGUCUGGUGGGGUCACUGUUGUUCCGCACCCCCCUCAGUAAGGUGGUAUCAGUGGAUCAUAACAAACCCAUCAUUGUUCCGGCUGGACAGGACUCUUUUUCGCAAAUAGGAUCACCUCCAGUUGCAAAUCAAGACAUGGGAAAAAUGCACAGCAGGGAUCCGUAUGAGCUUUGGAAGGCUGCCUACGCCACGUUUUUUCCUCCCGAGAAAUCCCAAGGGCGGAACACAAGCGAAGACCCAUCUAAAGAUCCGCAGUAUGCUGAACCAGCGGUCGACACCAUGAGGAAACAGAAAGAUGAGGAACUAGAAAGAUACCGGAAGUUGGCCAUGAGAAAAGUGAGAGAUGCUGCCAGAGGGACUGGAGGAGAGAAACACUCACGCUAGCUAAACAACAACAGCAACAACAAUGAAGAAAGCUUAAACAAUGGAGCAAAUUCCUAUUAGAGCGCUUUUCGACUCUAAAACCAAAGUGAUUACAACGGCCAAUCAGAAGAAAGGAAAAUACAAUAAGAGCCAAUGAGGACUCACAGUAUAAACGACCAAAUCGCCUAAGGCGCGGGAAAAUGCGGGCGACUACGUCUUGAUUCGUUUUUGUUUUCCAUUUGAUUAGCUAAGUGGGUGGGCAAUUUUUCUGGACCAAUCACAGAGCGAAGUAAAGCAAAACCAAUGUAAUCUGAGAUUACUUUCGACACUUGCUUUCGAAAUUGCACUAAUAGUCUCACUUUCGACACUCAGUCGACGAAUGCUUUAAAUGUCAAACGCGAUCCAUGAUUUCUUGGAUUUUACUUUUCUUCGAUCUGGGGUUUCUUUAGGAAACUUGCGCUAUCUUUUCAGCAAAUCAAAACCCAUCACAACUGGGGAUUUAGGCAAUUUUGGUUGUUAUUAGUUUGAGUUCUGGCCCUUUGUGGCAUUUCAUUUUAUUCUGUUGGGCCGUUGUGAUUACUUGGGUUUUGCUUCCACGACACUGAUCCGAACUCCCUAAUGUCGACGACCACUACGUAUUUACAAAACAUUUAUUGGAAAAAUUUUAAGAGCGUUGUAAACAAGGAAAUAACUGUAAAUUAAUGCUGCUUGUAUAAAACAGUGCUACCCAGGAA